AUUAUUUUUAGACUUGCUAACUUGAUUAAGUUCGUGUACUAAAUGGAAACGUCGGUACUUCUGCACGCUGAGGCAGAGGGAUUUAUCCAAAACCUGGAAACUUUCUCCCUCAGAGACAUCGGCUCUCCAAGGUGGUUCAGACAACAUGAGUAUAUAGAGAAACUGAACAUGCAGGCAAUACUGAAUGCUUCUGCUGCACACGAUGAGUUCAUCAAGGAGAUGCUUGUGUUACAUGGAAAGAUCCCCACCCUGGUCCAUGAGAUGAUUCUAGUGGAGCUGUGGAAGCAGAAAGUGUUUCCUAUUCUUUGUCAGUUGCAGGACUUCAACCCUAAAAUCACAUUUAAUCUUUACAUGGUGAUUCACCAUGAGGCCACAAUCAUAAAUUUGCUUGAAACUAUCAUGUAUCAUAAGGAUUCAUAUGAGGCAGCUGAUGACUCGGUUGUUGACUUGGUGGAUUACUGCCACCGCAAACUCACUCUGCUGGCUAGUAAAACCUGCAGGGAAGGUGCUUCAGCUCAGGACCGACACAGCCUGGCAGAAAGACAAGAUGUCUCCUCAGUAGAGGAGUUGCAGAUUCAGAGUGCUGCAUUAGAGUUUGAGAUCUCCCUCAAGGCUCUGUCUGUCCUGCGCUACAUCACUGACCACGCUGACAGGAUCAGUGUUAUCAAUCGGAUGUUGUGCACCCACAACAUGCCUUGUGUAAUGGUACAGCUGAUUGACUGCUGCCCUUGGAGUUGCAAAAGUUCAGGUGAGGUAGAAAAGUACAUAAAUGGCAGAUGGCAGAAGAUUCCAUCUGAGGACCAUUCAAAGAUGACAAAACUAGAUGGCCAGGUCUGGAUUACUCUUUACAAUCUGCUGCUAAAGGAGGACUGUCAAAGGAAAUAUACUUCAACAAUUUUCAACAAGAAUCAGCUCCUCAAGCUCAGUGGUUUCUUAACAGAAGAGCUGAUUGACCAGUUACCAAACCUGGCAGCACUGAAGCAGUUCCUUGCUCAUCUUGCUGUUAUGGACCCUGCCCCUCCGAAAAAAGAGCUCAUUCUGGAGCAGAUCCCAGAGAUGUGGAACCACAUCAUGCGUGAGAAUUCUGGCAAGUGGAAGGCCAUCGCCAAGUAUCAAGUCAAAGAAACAUUCAACCUCUCUGAAAAUGACCUGAGACAACAAGCACAGAGGUUGGCCCAGACCUACAACUUGGAUGUUAUGGAAAGCUUGAUCCCUGAGAAACCCAAGUGUGGAUCCUGUGGGAAGGAGGCUAGCAAGAGAUGCUCUCGCUGCCAGGGAGAGUGGUACUGUCACAGAGAAUGCCAGGUGAAGCACUGGCCCAAACACAAGAGAGCCUGCCAGCUGAUGGCAGAUGCUACAGAGAAGAUUCAGAGGGAUUUAAAUAUUAGCGCCUAACAGAGACCUCUGAAGCAAAUGCUUGGACUGAUGGGAGGUGAAGAUCUUGAGUUGUUGAAGGGAUGAGAACAGAACAUUAUGUUUGUAUUUUGUACUUUUCUAAUAAGUUAGUAACACUUGUAAAAUGAGUGAUGCUUCAUGUUGGGAAUUUCAUUUUUGAGAAACCAAAGUUGCAGACCUAUUUCUUAAUAUGCAUUCAUUUAUUUUUUUAUUGUACUGUUUGACCAAGCUUUCAAUUUUCAAAGAUUUAAUAGCCUCAGGAUUACAGAGGCUUUCUCCUGGUUGGUGUGCAUGCCUUCUCUGUCAAAAGAGAUCUUACAUUCCUUUGAUCUUGGG